CUUCCCUAUUAAAAGAAAGAUGGAUAGAGUUAAACAAAGGGCUGAGCUUGAGCUAUUUUGAAGAAAAGAUUGGACAAAAACAUCAUUCUGUAAAUAUGAGCAACUUGUACACCAAAAUUAUUUUUCUUCCACUUCACAAUUACUCACUUUAUUUUCCUUUAAUCCCAGUAAAACACAGAAAAAUGAUCAGACCUGGAAAUUGCCUCUCCUAAAAUACAAAAAAAGCAUUUAUACUGCAGAAAAAAAGAGAAAUCUUCAGUUUAUUACUCCUCAAAUUAAUUUAGAAACUUGGAGCAAAUGAAGUGGGGGAAAUGGAAAUACAGUCCCUGUGAUCUCAAAGGAUUUCGGUACAUUGUACUUUAUUUCAUCUGAAGCUUUCAGUCACAAUCAAAGUCAUAUCUGCCGAUCUUCUAUCGUGGCAGCUUUAAUAAAAACUUAAUAACUCGCCGACUCUUGCUAUACUUAUAGCCUGGAUCAGGGGCAGAGGGGGUAACUGGGUGUGAAAUAGACUGCAGUUAGUUGAUGGACUCAUGAAAGGACUCGGAUGGCUGCUUGUCACUCACAGCCUGAACCGCCUCUGCUCCAUCUGAAGUCAAAAUAUGAAUCUAAAUAGCCUGGAAAAAAGGCAUUUCUCAACCAAUGGAACCCUGAAGUGGCAUCAUCACAGGAAGUUAUUGGAGGCGCAGCCUGCCUGGGAGCCUGCCCGCCGAGGGUAGGAGGGGUUGUAGUGACGCUGUCAUCCAAUGGGCACCGGCUUCCUCCGGACCGAACGCAGCAUCUCUGUCUCAGCGGCACUUUUGCGCCAGACAAGUAGGGACGUUCUUUUGCUCAGUGGUGGAGAAGAAAAAAACACAGGGAUCCGGGAAUUACUGAGGCGUUUACUGACGGAGAAAGAUCAUCCUUUUUACCCCUGAUUUUUUCUUUUUCUCUUACCUCUUGGGUUUUUUUGUUGGCAAAGAUGAUCGUUGGCUGCGUCCUGUUGGCGUGCACCUUACUUGUGGGCGCAUCCUCGGGGAGUAGAGCGGGCCAGCCCCUUAAACCUUCUUGCAGACCCGGCUUCUCUCAGAGCUUCUACACGGUGAUUGUCCCCAGAGAUGUACUGCAUGGCCAGAGCAUCCUCAAAGAUACCACCCUGUCCAGUGAGCGUGUAAAGUUUGAGGAUUGCCAACACAGCAGAGAGGUGGGCUUUGUCAGCAGCGACCCCAACUUCAACGUGAGGCCUGAUGGGAGCGUGUACACGGAGCAGGAGGUGGCCAACCUCUCAGAGCCUGUACAGUUCAUGGUGACAGCGUGGGGACUACAUGAUCCCCACAUCUGGGAGACCACCGUAAAACUGGCCCUCGCUGGACAUCUUCAUCCUCUACCCCUUUCAAAGAUCGGCUUUGAAGAAAUGCUGUCACGGGUGUGGGAGUCCCAACCCAGGGUUAUCAAGUUUUCUCGAAGACAUCAGAGAGGCUCCUCUACCAACAGUUUGAGGCGGCAGAAGAGAGACUGGGUCAUCCCACCCAUCAAUGUGCCUGAAAACGCCAGAGGACCCUUUCCACAUAUGCUUGUCAGAAUCCGCUCGGAUCAGGAUAAGGACGUUGGCAUCCGCUACAGCAUCACAGGCGCCGGUGCCGAUCAGCCCCCGAGUGGAAUUUACAACAUAGAUCCCAUUAGCGGCAACAUGUUUGUCACCGUGCCCUUGGACAGAGAGGAGAGAGCCUCCUUCCAUCUGCGAGCUCAUGCGGUGGACAUGAAUGGGAACCAGGUGGAGAACCCAAUAGAUCUGUACAUCUAUGUGAUUGACAUGAAUGACAACAGACCUGAGUUUCAAAACCAGGUUUAUAACGGCUCGGUGGCUGAAGGGUCCAAACCAGGUUCGUCUGUGAUGCAAGUGACGGCCACGGACUCAGACGACUCCACCACGGCCAACGGUAUGGUACGCUACCGGAUCCUCUCGCAGACCCCCCAUAGUCCCAUCCCCAAUAUGUUCACCAUCAACAGCGAGACGGGAGACAUCGUUACUGUGGCCGCUGGCCUGGACAGGGAGAAAGUGUCGCAGUACACCAUUAUAGUCCAAGCUACAGAUAUGGAGGGCAAUCUGAACUUUGGGCUCUCCAACACGGCUACCGCUCUCAUAUCUAUCACCGACAUCAACGACAACCCACCAGAACUGACAGUCAGGACGUUUUCCGGGGAGGUGCAGGAAAACAAGGUGAGCGUGGUUGUCACCAACCUCACAGUGGUGGACCGGGAUCAGCCCCACAGCCCUAAUUGGAACGCGGUCUAUCGCAUUGUCAGCGGAGACCCCUCCGGACACUUCAUAAUCCGCACCAAUCCCAUCACGAAUGAAGGAAUGCUUACAGUGGUCAAGCCGGUGGAUUUUGAGAUGAACCGUGCCUUCAUGCUGACAGUGGUGGUGUCCAACCAGGCCCACCUGGCAAGUGGCAUCCAGUCCUCUCUUCAGUCCACGGCGGGAGUCACCAUCUCUGUCCAGGAUGUGAACGAGCCACCCGUCUUCCCCGUCAACCCCAAGACGAUCCGUUUUGAGGAGGGUGUGCCAGCUGGAACCACUCUUACGGUGUUUUCGGCUCAGGACCCUGACCACUUCAUCCACCAGAUUGUCAGGUACUCUAAGCUGUCAGACCCAGCUAACUGGCUGAAGAUAAACAGAACCAAUGGUCAGAUUACCACCAUGGCCCUGUUGGACAGAGAGUCCAUGUAUGUCAAAAACAACAUGUAUGAAGCCACAUUCCUGGCAUACGACAAUGGUAAGUCUGGUUCGCCUCAGGCCAGUGGGACAGGGACCCUUCAGAUUUACCUGAUUGAUGUCAAUGACAAUGCGCCUGUGCUGGUACCCAAGGACGCCCAAAUCUGCGAGCGGGCCCGUCACAACUCCAGAAUCAACAUCACGGCUUCGGAUGCGGAUGCCGAGCCUAAUGUCGGGCCGUUUGUCUUUGAGCUGCCUUCAUUCCCUGCCAGUAUCCGCCGCAACUGGACCAUUUCCAGACUGAGUGGCGACUACGCUCAGCUCAGACUAAGGAUUCCUUACCUGGAGCCAGCUGUGUAUGAGAUCCCGGUCAUAGUGUCCGACUCGGGGAACCCUCCCCUGUCCAACCGCUCUAUGAUCAGGAUCAAAGUGUGUCCUUGUGACAACAAUGGGGACUGCAGUGCUACAGGGGCCGUGGCGGCCGCUGGUCUUGGCACUGGAGCCAUCAUCGCUAUCCUCAUCUGCAUUAUUAUACUGCUGAGUAUGGUUCUGCUGUUUGUGGUGUGGAUGAAGCGCAGAGAGAAGGAGCGGCAAGCAAAGCCCCUGCUGAUCGACCCAGAGGACGACGUUAGAGACAACAUCCUGAAAUAUGAUGAAGAGGGUGGAGGAGAGGAAGACCAGGACUACGACCUGAGCCAGCUGCAGCAGCCGGAGUCUCUGGACCACAUCAUUAACAAGCCAACAGGGGUGCGCCGGGUUGAUGAGAGGCCUGUGAUCGCCGAGUCCCAGUACCCUGUCAGACCCAGUGUGCCUCACCCAGGGGACAUAGGAGACUUCAUAAAUGAUGGCCUAAGGGCAGCUGACAACGACCCCACCGCCCCUCCUUACGACUCCCUGCUGGUGUUCGACUAUGAGGGCAGUGGUUCGACCGCUGGCUCUGUCAGCUCACUCAACUCCACCAGCUCAGGAGACCAGGACUACGACUACCUCAACGACUGGGGUCCUCGCUUCAAGAAGCUGGCAGACCUCUAUGGUGGAGGAGAGGACAACUGAGAGCGGAGCGCGGGCGGUGCGGGGCCAGGGGCUGUGGCAUGGGUCAGGAGAGGUGGGAAAGGUUUAAAGGAUGUAACACACAGGCAGCGUCUGACAACAUGGAGAGGCCGUGGAAGAGACUUGAGAGGAACGGAUCCUUUCCACGGGCUGCAGUAGUUGGCUGAGCCCGCAGACAUGAUAUCUGCUGAAAUGCAACUGUAUUCUGGCUUUAUGGUUUUAGUGCCGAGUUUGUAGUGUAACAUUUUGAGUUUUUUUUUUAUUUCUGUUCGCUCGCCACGCUGGACCUGGAUUCCUCUGGAGACGAAUCAAGGCAGCCGCGAGACACACGAGUAGUGAAUUUGUGCUUUGAUUGAUUGUUAAUACAAAACUAUCUCCUGCUUUAGUCUCACACUGAAGAGAAUGUUUUUUAUUUGGGGGGGAGGGAGGGAGGGGGAGGGGCGCUCACUGACUCUCUUUAACUCUGUCAACUUGAAUUUCCUUAGAACAGAAGCACUGUCAUUUUAUAAAGUGCCUUUUGUGGUGUGUUUUUGUAUCAGACUCCUGCUAUCUCAGGAUUGGUUGCUGUUCGUGCAGUACAGGGGGGACGCGUUCCGACGUUUCCCCGUCGCCCCUCCUGUGCUCCUCAGACCAUCCCUGUCCUUCUCUUUUCUCCUCGCCCAUUCGCAGACAUGCAAACAGCCCCGGCAGCCUAUCCCAGGAGGGGAGGACUCAACCCAGGGUGCACUGUCGGAUAUCAUAACCCACUGUAUUAGGGAGUUGGUGAGGGAGGGUUGGACCACCCUCUUCUCCAAGAGUUUGCUCAGUUCACUAACAUCCCUUGUCCACACAGCAACAUUUUUAUACACGUCGGGGUUUUAUAAUUUAUUGGAGAAUGCUUGCCUUUCUUCUAUGGACUCAUGAGGUUUAGGAACCUUUGUGUUGAGACGCUUGCCUGCCCCUUGUAUGCUUUUGUGUUGCUAACUCCAUGGUGUAAAGCUUAACAUAGGCAUGAUUCAAGUAGUCCGAGAUUGUUAAUUGAGGGGAACUCAAAUGACUCGGAACAAAGACGUCUGAGAAAGAUUCCUCUGGUCGCCUUGAACAUUCUUGGGGUUUUUUUCUGGUUUUUUUUAGGCCAACAAAAAUAUUAAAAAGUGCAUGAUUUAUUUUAUUUGUUUUUUUCUUCAAAUGUUUUACUCAAAGCACUUGUUACUCUGUGGUGAGAAUGUGAAAAUAGUCAGCAGAAACUAUAUAAAUAUACUCUGUAUAAACACACUGAGAAAAUAAAAUACUGUAAAAUACAUAUUUUUCAAGUAUUAAUGACAUAUAGCAGGGGAAAUAAGUAUACAAACUGGUCAAUAUUUUGUCAGUAAAUACAUUUAUACUAGCCCAUGGCAUGAAAUUCAUUCCCGAUGUUGGUAACUAUCCAAGUAAUUUAAACAUACAAAGAAAUCAAAAUAAAUUUAAGUUUUUAGAAAACAACCCUGCUCUGUAUUCCAAUAUUUAUAUCUGCUGGUUUAUUCCUAAUUGAAGAAGUAUAAAAAGAUUUCUUAUUACCAAGCUAUCACACAAGCAUGCCAUGAUGGCUGAAAGCAAAGAGCUCUUUCGAAACCUUCACAACUUAAUGGAUGUAAAUAUACUAAUGGGUGUGGUUAUGGACUUAUUUCUGAACUUAUGAUUGUUCUGGUGGGUAACGUCAGGGGCAUUUCUGGAAAUGGCAAGAAUAUAAUUUUCAUCAUAAACCAGUCAUAACCAGGAGUAAAAAAAAUAUCAGAAAAGUUGUCCACAAGCCAAGCACUACUCCAAGAUACCUUAAAAUGAUCUGGAAUUAGCAGGUGAAGUUAUGACUGCAGAAAAUGACAAGCAACACUCUCAAGAACAAUGGCUUCCAUGCACACCUAAUGCGCAAGACUCCACUGAUGAAGAAAAGGCAUGUUCAAGCCCUUUUAAAAUUUGCUGCAGAACAUUUGGAAAAGCCCUUAGAAUAUACUCUAGUCAGAUGGGAGUGAAAUUAUAAUCUUUGGUUGCCACUCCAACACACGUUUUGAUGAGGAAUGGCACUGCAUUUCACCCCAAAAACACCACAUCAGAAGUGAGGUUUUGAGCCGGAAACAUCAUGAUAUGAGGGUGUCUUAUAGCUUGUGGUAUUUGAUAAGAGUCUGAAGACAAAACAAGGGUGGAUUUUAUAAGCAAGGCAAUGAUCCUAGAACCAGCCAUGAAAACGCUCAAAGGGUUUCAGAGAGAGAAAAUGGUCCAGUCACUUUGUUGACUGGUGGAAAAUGGCUGGGUAAGUCAGUCGAUUUGAAUCCAAUUAAAAAUCUAUGGAAAGACUAGAAGAUUAGAGCAAAGAAGGCCUUCAAACAGUUGAAGACAGUUUGUGUGGAUAAUGGGUCAAAAUCACACCUGGGCGAUGAUUGCGAUUAUUUCCUCCAUACAGAACAUGUCUUAAAGCAUUUGUAACCAACAAAGACUGUUUUAUACUACUGAUUAAUUUCAGUAGCACCUUGAAUUUUUCUGUUUUAUUCCAUUUUACGACAAUUAACUUAAAAAUUCGACUUGCUAAAUUUCUUUGUAUGUGUUGAUUACUUGAGGUACUUUAAUUUAAAUAGGCUGAUUAGAAAUAUAUUUACUGAUAAGAAAUUCGAUAUGUUAUACAAUACUUAUAUUCUCUGCUGUAAAGGUUGCUGCUCUCCCUCUCGAGCUACUUAGUGGGCUUUGGUGGCCCGUUCAUUUGUAAAAAUGUGGAUCUGCUGUUAAAACGCAAUUUUUUCAAGAUGCUUGCUUUUAAAUUUUCUGCUUCAGUUCUGCUAACUUUUUUUCAUUUCACAUCUUUUCUAUAUGAAACAUGCCCUAUCGUCUGCCUCUGACAGAUGCACUCCCUCGGUCGGCUUCUUGCCUUGGGACGACUCAUUAGCCAUGCCUGCUGAUAUUAUAUUAUUCAAGGUACUGGAGUUCUUUUAUUUAUUCAUCUUGAUACUGGAUGUGUGCUUCAGGAAAUAAACAACACAUGUUUUGAAAA